UCAUAGUGACUCAUAACUCAUGAGCUUAAUUCUCAAAUUUUGUUCUGGUAGCCGGAAGCUCAAUCUGGACCAUAAAAUUCCAUAUUUUCAAGAUGUCUGAACGCUACAGCUUUUCAUUGACAACUUUUAGUCCUUCAGGGAAACUGGUACAGAUAGAAUAUGCUUUAGCAGCAGUGGGUGCAGGUGCCCCAUCAGUAGGGAUUAAAGCCACCAAUGGAGUGGUGCUGGCUACAGAGAAAAAACAGAAGUCUGUACUGUAUGAUGAGCACAGCAUACACAAGAUUGAGCAAGUGACCAGAGGCAUUGGAAUGGUGUACAGUGGUAUGGGCCCUGACUUUAGGGUCUUGACACGAAGAGCCAGGAAGUUAGCCUCACAAUAUUUUUUGACCUACCAAGAACAAAUACCAGUAGACCAGCUUGUUCAGAAAGUGGCUAAUGUCAUGCAAGAAUUCACACAAUCUGGUGGUGUGAGGCCGUUUGGUGUAUCUCUGUUGUUAGCAGGGUGGAACCAUGAUGAAGCUAAACCUUACCUCUAUCAGUGUGAUCCCUCUGGUGCACAUUUUGCAUGGAAAGCUACAGCCAUGGGAAGAAACCACGUCAAUGGAAAAACUUUCUUAGAAAAAAGGUACAGUGAUAACCUUGAACUUGAGGAUGCAGUCCACACCGCCAUCUUAACACUGAAAGAGAGCUUUGAGGGCCAGAUGACAGAGGACAACAUUGAGAUAGGGAUCUGUGACGUCAAUGGUUUCAGGCGCCUAUCUCCGUCAGAGAUUAAAGAUUAUCUGGCCUCCGUAUCAUAAAACUAUGUUGUAGUGAGAGUUCGACAGUUAUAUUUGUUUAAAGUUAUUAAUGGUUUCCAUUUUCUAUGUUGUGUAAGUAUUUCAAGUGACGUUCAUUUUUAAACAUUCAUACAGAUUGUAUUAUAAAUAGACUAUGUAGGCCUAUAAGAGUUUAAAACAAAAAUGCAUAAGUUAAAUAUCAACGAUUAGGAUCAUAUACAGUUUUAGAACCUAAUAUUUUUCACUUUUUAAAGUUCUUGCUUAAUAUCUGUGCACUACAUUUAGAAAGCGUGACUGGUUUGUUUUUCAUGUUUUGUUGAAAGCAGUUUAUUUUGUAUGCAUCCUCAAAUGAAGAUAAUUUUAAAAAAUAAAAAACAUUUUUGGUCA